AUGGUUGAUGCUUUGGUUUCCAUCGUCAUCCAGCAAUUGGCUGUGAUUGUCGAAAACGAGAUCCAGCAAAAGGUUCCGCUGGUCAUUGGUGUGGAAAAGGAUAUCAACAAAGAAGCAAGUGAGGAUGAUUCAGUGCGGGUAUGGUUACAAAAGCUGAAAGACGUAGCUUAUGACAUUGAUGAUGUGUUGGAUGAGUUGAAGACUGAAAUUCUCAAAUCACAAAUAUUGGGAGCUGAUGAUGACGAUGCUUGCAUGAUCAGCCUUACUAAGAAGAAAAUUGGCUUGCAUCGUGACAUUAGUCAUAGGAUAAAGGAGAUAAAUGAAAGGGUAGAUGAAAUUGCAAGUUUGCGAGAUAAAUUUCAUUUUAUUGAAACUACUACUUCUAGAAAUGAAAUCAUCAAAUAUGAUGAGCCAAGCAGGAGGAGUCUAGAAAGUAGCUCCCUCGUUGAUGUCUCGGAAGUAUUUGGUCGUGAUGAGGAUAAAAUUCUCAUAUUGAGCAAGUUGCUAAACGAGUGCAGUCAACAAGAAAUGGUUUCUGAUCAAGUUCUCAUAAUCUCCAUUGUGGGCAUUCCCAGUUUGGGCAAAACAACACUUGCCCAUCUUGCAUUCCAUGAUGAUAGUGUGAAGAACCAUUUCAGUAAGAGAAUGUGGAUACAUGUGUCCAAAACUUUUGAUAAAGUGAAGGUUGCCAUCAAUAUUAUUAAUGAAAUUGGUGGUAAUAUUGUCCCCCAAAGUGACAGUAUUACAUGGGAAGAUGUACAUCGUAAAUUGACUAGUUCUGUUGUUGGGAAGAAUUUUCUACUCGUGCUAGACGAUGUCUGGAAUGAGGAUCCUAUGAAGUGGGAUCCAUUGAGGCUUUCUCUCAAUCGUGGUUCUCACAAAAGUAGAAUUAUUGUCACAACAUGCAAUGAAAAUGUUGCUUACAUGAUGCGUACAACAUAUAUCCAUGAAUUAGGAAAAUUGUCUGAUGAAGCUUGUUGGUCUUUAUUGAGACACUAUGCUUUUGUUGGAAGGCAAGACGAAGAGCGUGAAAAGUUGAAAGAAAUUAGCUUGGAACUCACAAAGAAGUGUAGUGGUUUGCCACUUUCUGCAAAGAUUUUAGGGAGUCUUUUGUCCUUCAAAAAGUCAAAACAAGAUUGGCAAUAUGUGUUGGAAAGUGAUGUAUGGAGGGUUGUAUCAAGCAUUGAAAAAACAGUCUUGUCUGCUCUGUUACUAAGCUAUAACAAUUUGCCCUCUCAUUUGAAACAAUGCUUUGCACAUUGUUCAAUCAUCUCCAAAGAUUGUUUAUUUGAAAAAUUACCUACAAUCAGAGAAUGGAUUGCACAAGGAUUUCUUAGUGACAGUUUGGGAGAAAGCAGUGAAGAUUUAGCUAUGGUUGGUGAAGAGUACUUCAAUAAUUUGGUCAUGCGUUCAUUUUUUCAAAAACACAUUAGAUAUUCAAAAGGUAGAGCUGAAUAUUACCAAAUGCAUGAUCUUGUCCAUGAUUUUGCAAACUCCCUUGUAGAGAAAGAAUUCUUUGCUUUGACGACGAAAGAUACUAAUGCUUUGAAAUUCAGUUUUAGUCGACCACGUCAUUUAUCUCUAUUAAUAAAAGGGACAAGUACAAUUCCAUCUGUUAUUUACAAGGCAAAGGGUCUUCGCACUCUUAAAAUAUAUGGAGGACAUAUUCCUACAGUUUCUUCUGAUUUAUUUUGUCACUUAACGUGUUUAAGGACACUAAAUUUGGAUGAGACAUAUCUUGAAGAGCUUCCAAAUGAGAUAGGAAAGUUGAUACAUCUAAGGUGCCUUAGCUUGUCCAAGGGAAGGUUUAAAGAACUACCUAAAACAGUGGAAAAUCUGCCCAAUUUGCAUAUAUUAACCCUUUACAGAUGCAGAUAUCUUUCCAAACUACCUAAAGGUAUUGGGAGAUUGGUCAAUUUGAAAGAUCUUGAUCUGACAGAAUGUCUCCGAUUAAGCUACCUACCAGAAGGGAUUGGGAGAUUAAGCAAACUAUAUAGUUUGUCAGACUUCAUUAUUGGUGGGGUGGAGAAAGGAGAAUGUAAGAUUGGAGAACUAAAAGACCUUAACUUUCUCAAAGGUUCUCUACGCAUAAUAGGUGUGGGGAGAGUUGAAAAUCGAAAUGAGGCUAAGAUGGCAUGCUUGGAGCAUAAGAAACACCUUAGGGCACUGUAUCUCUAUUGUAAUCAGUAUACGGGUGUUUCACUAGUAGACAUUGAUGAAGAAGCAGAUUAUGAAGCAGGACAUGGAGGAGGAGAAGAAGUUUCUGCAGGAGAUAUGUCAGGAGAUAUGUCUUUGAGGGAGAUGGAAGAUGUGUUGGAAAGUGUCCAAUCAGAUCCAGACCUUGAAGAAGAUGAAGUUGUUGGAAGAGAAAUGUCGUUAAGGAAGAUGGAAGAUGUGCUGGAAAGUCUCCAACCACAUCCAAAUCUUGAGAAACUAAUAAUUAGGGACUAUCUUGGUGGAGGGUUCCCUAAUUGGAUGGGUAAUCAUGCAAACUUCAUGAUUUUCUAUGAUCUGAUUUUCUUGGAACUCACUAAUUGCAGAAACUGUAAGAAAUUGUUGGUGUAUGAUGUCUUGGUUGCGUUUCUACAGAAAUUGCCUGUGAUUCUAGGGAAACUAACAUCCCUUGAAACCCUUGUAAUUGUUGGAAUGGAUAAGGAGUGGGAUGUGAGACUACAAGAAAAUGAAGGGAAAGAGUUCAUGCCGUGUCUCCAGUAUCUUAUUCUUGCAGUAUUGCCCAAUUUAAGGUUGUUUCCACCACACCUUAGCCAGGCUACAUCCUUGAAGAAAUUGUUCAUAUGGGAUUGUCCAAAGUUGAUUUGUAUGCCAUCAUCUCCAUCCUCCCAUCUUUUUCCACAUGUUGAGGAGAUGAUUUUAAAAAUGAACACAGGUUCAUUUUCGAAGUCAUUAGUACCACACAACCACACGUUUUUCCCGAAUCUCAAGUUGUUGCGUAUGAGACAAUCACCUUACUCGUCAUUGCCUGAAGGCUUAAGGAAACUCACAUUACUUGAGGUUCUGGAUAUUCGAACCGGUUCUAAGAUCAAGUCAAUGCCUGAGAAGUUGCAAUAUCUCACUGCACUCCAAGAGUUGACGAUCAUGAGGUGUCCUUCCUUGAAACGGCGUUGCCAAAAGGAGAAAGGAGAAGAUUGGAACAAGAUAUCCCACAUCCCAAGUAUCGUUAUUGAUGGUGAAAAGAUCAAAUGA